AUGGAAGACGUGACGAAGACCACCGUCCACACACAGAGCCCUAUUAAAACUGAAUGGAAUUCCCGCUGUGUCCUUUUCACCUAUUUCCAAGGGGACAUUAGCAGUGUGGUGGAUGAACACUUCUCCAGAGCUCUGGGCAAUGUCAAGAGCCCCCAGGGACAGAACCCUUCCAGCCCGAGUGGAGAUGUGCUGCUGAGGAAUGAUAGUGACAUGCCUCCAAAUCAGUGGCGCUUCUCUGCUCCGUGGACAAAGCCACAGCCGGAAGUACCUUUUGCAAAUGGCGCCGCCAGCUGCAGCUUGAAUGGAUCUGGUCUCAUGCCUAUGGAUCAGUACCCACUGUCCCUGACUGGGGGCCCCUCCGUUCAACCUGGCGAGCUGUGGCAUUUCUCCUCCCUCGCCAGCCCCAGCUUCCCAGAGCCUGGCUACCCUCAUGCUUUUUCCACUGGGCACUUGGUUCCGGAGCCCCAGCCUGAGGGGAAGUAUGAGCCCCUCCUAAGUCUCCUCCAGCCAGAGAGAUGCCUAACCCAUCCUCAAGAAUCUGCCUCGUGGGAGGAUGGCAACUCUGCCCAGAUGGCCGGAAGCACAGGAUUGCUCUUCAACCUGCCUCCCAGCUCAGCCCACUUUAAGAAAAUCUAUUUCCCCCCUGAUGGGGGACCUGCCGGUGCCAGCUUUGCAGUUGAAAGAAGCCAGUCUCCAGAGAGAAGAAGAGAUCUGUUCUUUUAUUGA